AUGAAUAAUUUACUUCAACGCAUGAUUCGUAAGAGCGACGAAGAGGUCGACAAGCAUUGUGUCUUCUUCGAUAAUGGGAGACAGCAAGAUCAGGACUGGUCCAUCAGUCCGGAGAAUAAUAAUAAAACGGGCCAAUGGCAAAAAAGACAAGGACAGUCAAAACCGAGCACGUUAAUGAAUUGCCAAAAAUCAAGAUUAUCGACGCUAACCGAAAAUAUAAAGUUACGCGUGACCAGGAAUACGACCCCGAAGAAAUCCCAAAAAACGUCUCCGUCUCGUAAAUCAUCCGAAAUGCCUGUGUUGGAGGACAUCAUAAAAGAAUUCGAAACGAAUUACGUGUCGCAGGCAAAAAGUUCAGGAAAACCAAAAAAUUUUGUGCGAAAAAUCGUGGCAGCCUUCGAGGAGAAAUACAAGACUUACGAAAACCCCAUGGAAAGUCCAGACAACGCACCCUCGACCUCCACCGCGGUGACCCGAGAAAAGUCAGGAGCAGAGGAGUCGAAUAAAAAAUUGCCUCGUUUCCUAACCUCGAAAAAUGUUAAUUUCGACUGUACCAAAAGCAUGGAAAAUAUUUAUUACAGCAGCGAGGACAGUAUAAACCAAAAGGAAAUUACGUCGACCAUAGGGACGUCCAAAGACCGGAAGGACACUGCCCCGAGAAUCGUGGGUGCCUAUCUGAAGAAGCCUAUAGAGGUCGAGGAAACAGCCAUAGACUGGAUCCCCAUAACCGGUACGAGGUUGCCGAGAAAAAAGUCGUUCAAGAGAAUCCUGUCGAUUCUGACCGGCAAAAAAAAGUCAGACUCCUUUAAUCACCAGGUCGUCUUUUCGUCUCAGCAAAAUUUAACCUUCGACGAACCACGUGACAUCCAGGAUUCCGGAUAUGAGAAAUCAUCGUCCUCGUCUUCGUCGCUGCAGUCCAUCACCGAAUCCUUGCUCCACCAGGAGAACAGCUACGUGGAAUCGUCGAAGCGCAGCACCUUCAGCACUUUUGGCUCUGAAAAGGAUGGAAAACCGAAAAAUACCUCCUACAGGAACAGCUGUGACUCUGGUAAAUUAUUAUUUGACGAAGUUCCACGUUCUAAGUUAGCCGACGACCUGGGUCCAUCCUAUCCUGGGAAUCCGAGCAAGUUCACGAAAUCGUUAGGUCGCAGGGGUCUGACCUGUUCGAAGAAGAUGAGCUUCGUAGCUGGGGAUCUUUCGAAUUUUGACACUUCGAAAAGACCGAUCGUACCCUUGACUAAGGAUGAUCCUGAAGAGGUCACGGAUCCUGGACAGGAUAUUCUGGCUGUGGAGUAUCGUAAAAAAGUUAAAGGCGCCUUGAAGUCGUCAGAAGUCGUCUACGACGUACCUAGGAGGUAUUGCUUGUCGCGGUCCGAACCAGGUCUUCCCGAUGCUCUGAGGUUGUCAAAAUUAGAACCUAUCUAUGACGUUCCUAUACCCAUGGCAGAGAGACCCAGGUCCAACGUCUACGAGGAGUCGUUGUCCUUGCAAAGAAGAAAUGUCUUUUUCGAUUCUGAUCUUGCAUCAGGAUUCUAUGGUAACCCUGGUGAACGUUCUUACGCCACUGUGAAACCGCGUAAUCGAAAAGUAAACGUAAGUCGUGAAAUCAUUAGAUCGUGCAUGGACAUAGAGUCCAGGUGUCUCGAGAGACCUGCCUACAGGCCUAGUUUAAUGAUUUGA